AUGGCGCCGACGUGCAGCAACAUCGCCAUUGCCCUGCGCCAAGCCGGCCCUCCGCGGGAAUGGAAGGACGGGUCCACAACACUGCUGCACGCAGGCAGUCAGCCCGGGGCACUGCAUCGUGCAAGCGACGGCCCGAAUGCGGACCAAGUCGACGAGGAACUUCAACAGGCAACAACGGGUGCGACAAGUGGCACCCUAUCAACGGCAACAUCAACACCCCAAACUCACCCUUCCCCGCUCUCCUCGCCGGUGGCAGAAGCAGUGCCAACGGGGGAGGAGGCAGGAAUUCAGGAUUCACAGCGGGACGAGUCGCCUCUAGGCUUCAUGUUCCGCCCGGAGCUCGACAAAUCAGGUGUAGUCGCCGUCGUUUCCGAAAUCCUCUGCCGGCCCGGAUUUACCGUCGGGCCCGAUGACGAGAGACGCCUGAAGAGGAGCGUCGAGAGCGGGCGGAUCGACGUCCACAACAUGUCAAGACUCCUCCGCUGGCUGGCAGGGAGGCGGGCGGCCCGUGAGCUCAGCGAGCGCGGGAUCGAGUUCGUGGUUCCCAGGGCUCAGCCGUACACUAGCGGUCAAGGGAUGACUCGGCUCAUGGAGGAGGUGGUUGCCCGUGGUCACCCGGCCGGUACCAACUUCGUCGUGUGCUUUUCGUCCCGUUUCGAUGCGUGUUCCGCCGCGAUUCGGGGCCGGCUGAUCAACGAGGACGUUCCUGUGUCGCCGUCGGACUCGGUGUCCGACGCCCCGACAACCGCAGAACCCGGCCCCUCCUGCGCAGGAGCGGUAGCGGUGGACCCGCCGCUGGGUGGGACGAUGACGAGGGCGAAGGCGUUCGCGGCAUGCGGGUGGCCGAGUGGGUUGACGCGUGGGGAGAAUGCGACGGGCCGAUGCUUGCAGCGUGGGUCUUUCCGCGGAACGACCAGGGUGUGACGGCGCGACAGUAACCAGCCGCAGCUGUUUUUAGUGCGGUGUGUGUUUCGAUGGUGCGAUUUGACGUACCCCCCCCCCCCCCCGCGGCGGGGUCUUGGUCUGCGUAACGAGUCAAGGCUGACCGAGAAUCGUCGUACAGUCGUUGUCCACAGGCGAGGAGUUGAAGCGUAGAUAUUGUUCAAGCGUUUACAAGCGGCCUAGGGCAACAAGGGAAGGAACUGUCAUACAAGAGGUGUGGUAAGUUUCGUCGUGUGGGGGACUGUCACGGAGAAUUUUCUGUCCGGAGUGUUGAAUCAAGCUUUGGGGCAACGCGGAACGGCGAGGAAGAUGGUAUAUUUCGGCGGUGCAUCGUGGGUAUGUUGUCAGGGAAGAGGUGUGCGUGUCGUGUUGUUGAUAUGCCGAGGUCAGUCGCAUUUGUUUUUUCUACUCCGCGUGGUGUACUGCUUUGCGGUAGUUUAUCUCGGUAGUUUGUCUCGGAGCGUUUUUUCUUCGAGCUGUGUGUUUAUUGGGUGAGAAUACGCCCGGAAGUGGGCAUGUCGAAAGUGUCUAGCGCCUCACUUGUGGCACUAUGGCGGGGUGAUGUACAAAUGUAUUUUAGGGUUGGUUUCCCACGGGGCAUCAUGUGACACUAGCAGCGCGUACGCCAGGCUUGCUUGUGAAAUGGUUCAGUUUUUACAAGUUUCAUGCUGUGUUUUUCAAGUUUGUGUUGUGUUUUGGAAGGGCUCCAUGCUGAAGGUAUGUAGCGCCGUCGAGUAGAUUUUCUCGGCUGGAUUGACAGCGAUAGCGAUUUCUUUCAACUGAAAGAUCUGUAAAUGAUGUUGUUCAUCGUCGAUUUUGCGUUCGUUUCCUCUUUUAUCCUGAAGCCCUCCUUUUCCAUUUCUAGGUCAACACGGGGGGAUGGAUGUGUUGUGAUUUAUUUUUUCGCGAUCAGUGCUACAGUAUGCGUCGUGUAUUUAUCGACCCGGCGUGUGUGGCGUAGUGCGGGCAGGCAUUCGAGAAAGGAAAAGAAGUAGCUUGCCAAGCAACGAGUGUUGUACCACUGUCGUGUACGUACCUCAUGUGCUUACGAAGCGCAAAAACGUGUGCUGUAGAGUAUUUGCUUUGGCCGAAGACAUACUACGCACAUACCUCCCACGCGAUUGGGUCGCAUUUGUCGACGUCACGCAGGAAGCAGAGAUUUUAGAAGAGUGGCAGGCCGGCGUGACGCGCCUCGUGUACAUCAUGUGUGUUUUUAUAAACGUAGAUGCAAUCGGUGAACGACUACGAGUACCGUUCGAAGGAAUGCCUUGGUCAAACGGCAUGCGUUGAACGAAGUCUUUGGCAAUGACCGUGUGUAGUGUUGUACAUGUAUGUAUGUCUGUUUUCCGCCUGCGUGCGAUGUGCAAGAGUGUGUUCGGUUGACUUAAAACGGUUCGUUUGGAUUGUCCACCGGCGAACACAUACCGACAGCGACGUUUGGGUGUGUGUUAGGGGGG